GGGCGAUGAAGGGUAUUCAGGAAGAUUCAGUGCCAGUUUACAAGAGGGGAGGUUUGUGUUCGAAGUCUACAUUGUACCUAAACGAUUGCGUGUGAUGAUAAGAAUCGACUCAGUGCUGUGCGACAAAGAAGCCAGCUGGUUGAAGGGAAACCAACAAACAGAGCUGCUGCUACUCGCAUAUGUAGCGACGCUGGGGGACAUUGUGCGGGUCGUCCACUCUCUGUGUCGCGUGUCCAGAGCGUUGAAGGACCAUGACGGACCAAUUGAGGUGUGCUGGUGCUGCCCGGGCAGGGGUGUUCUACAAAUCGGCGCGGUCGGCUGUCAGUUCGGUAACAAGCCUGUGAUUAUUUUGUAUCGUGUGUUCACCAUCACUCACCAUUGGCGUGCCUCAUAAUGUCUCCUCCUUAGCUAGCGGGUUUGUAGUUUAAUCGUGAACUUGUUACAGUAUUUUUAGGAAGUGAAGCUGUGAGCUUACUGAAGCGAAGUACAAUAAAAGUUUGACAAACUGCAAUUUUUUUUCAACUACCGAGGUAGCCGUUUUUAUGGGAAUGCGCCCAGCUAUCGAUGGGGAAGUGUACCACCUCGCACAUUGCAGAUGUCACGGUCGGCACGAUUUACUCGGAUGAGUUUGUUUGAACGAGAAUGUAAAAAAAGGCCGAAGUAACUGCGUAAGACGUGAGGUCCUGAAUUUCAGCCGUCCUCACUCCAGUCCCCGCCCUUAUCAUGACUGACCAAUAACCCUCGCCUUAGUUGCUAGGCGCAAGGGAUGCCAUUUCCCUACAGCUGUCUACCUGUUCCCACGCAUCGACCAACUUUGUACUGUUCCCCUACCCCACCCCAUCCCUGAAUCGCCGCUAUAGCUGCCCCGUCACGCCGCCCCGCCCCCCGCGGGUCAUGUGACCCUCUUUGUGCCAUCGACCGGACGGUCACGUGACCGGCGGCGCGAUACGACGCAGACCGGCCGGGGCGUAAACAGAGCCCUCCGCCGGCCGAUCGCCAUUGCCCGUCGGACGGAGGCUGUGCGCGGUCGCGAUGCGUGCUGUGACGCUGUGUGCGGCUCUGGCCGCGCUGGUGGCGGUGGCCGCCGGCCGGUACGAGCCCACCUGGGACUCUCUGGACACACGGCCCAUUCCCGGCUGGUACGACGAGGCCAAGUUCGGCAUCUUCCUCCACUGGGGCGUCUACUCGGUACCCAGCUUCGGUGACGAGUGGUUCUGGGAGUACUGGCAGGAGCAGAAGUGGCCCCAGUAUGUCGAGUUCAUGGAGAAAAACUACCGACCCAACUUCACCUAUCCCGACUUCGCGUCCCAGUUCACGGCCGAGUUUUUCGACCCGGCGCAGUGGGCCGAUCUGUUCAAGGCGGCCGGAGCCAAGUACGUCGUGCUCACCACCAAGCAUCACGAGGGCUUCACGCUGUGGCCGAGCAAGUACGCCUGGAACUGGAACGCCAAGGACGUGGGGCCGAACCGGGACCUGGUCGGUGACCUGGCCGCCGCCGUACGGAACCGCACCGACAUCCGAUUCGGCGUCUACCACUCGCUGUUCGAGUUCUUCAACCCGAUCUGGCUGUCGGACAAGGCGAGCAACUUCACGCAGGUGACGUUCCCGGCCGCCAAGUCGAUCCCGGAGCUGUACGAGCUGGUGUACGGCUACGAGCCGGACAUUAUCUGGUCGGACGGCAGCAGUCAGGCGCCCAGCUCGGACUACUGGGGCAGCAAGGACUUCCUGGCCUGGCUGUACAACGACUCGCCCAUCAAGGACCGCGUGGUCACCAACGACCGCUGGGGCACCGACGCCGGCUGCGCGCACGGCGACUUCUUCACGUGCCACGACCGCUACAACCCGGGCGUGCUGCAAAAGCACAAGUGGGAGAACUGUAUGACCGUGGACCGCUACUCCUGGGGCUACCGGCGAGAGGCCAAGCUGGCAGACAUGCUGACCAUGGACGACCUCACAAAGGAACUAGCUGAAACCAUCAGCUGCGGCGGUAACCUGCUGCUCAACGUCGGUCCCACGCACGACGGACGCAUCGUGCCCAUCUUCGAGGAGCGGCUGCGGCAGAUGGGCGAGUGGCUCGGCAUCAACGGCGAGGCCAUCUACAGCUCCAAGCCAUGGACGGUGCAGAACGACACCACCACCAGCGGGGUGUGGUACACGCAGCGUGACGGCAGCGUGUACGCCAUCGUACUCGACUGGCCGGCCGCCGACGGUGUCGUACUCGGCAGUGUCGAGCUGCCCGCCGACGCUAAGGUGGCCAUGCUGGGUUACACUGAGCCGCUCCAGUGGACCCAGGCGGCCAAGGGAGGGGUGCAGGUCAAGUUCCCCGACCUGGCCAAGGUUAGCUCGCGCUGGGCCUGGGUGCUGAAGUUCGAUGAUGCGCAGAGUGUUGAGUCUAAUCGGCUGUGAGUGAGGCGUUAUCGGAUGGAGGGAUGGUUGAUUGUAUAGGGGACGGGAUGAGCUGUAGGAUCGUGGGCGAACAAUUAUACCAGGCAUAUUCCAGUGGCAUAGCUGACGCGGCGUGUACCGCAGCGAAAUAUAAACAAUGACAGUCACCUAACUGAAUAAAACCAUGAUAAUAAAGCACCUUUUGAAAACCGAUAAAA